AUGGUGAUAAAGCAACAGAGAAGUAGUAAGAAGAUUGUGCACCGACCAAUUCAGCCCAGAGGUACUAACACCAGCAGCAUCAGCAACAGUAGCUUCAGCUUCACACCGGCACCAGCGGCGUGCGCACCCGUGGCGCCUGCCUGCCCCAUCAAUCCAUGCCCACCCCCACCCUUUCGCUCUCCAUCGUCCCAACCGCCCUUCAUUCGGCAUUCGACGCUCGCGACGUUGCGACGACGUCCGACCGCGCGUCCCGACGCUCAAAACGACGCCGCGCGUCACCCGUCGUCGUGCAUUUGUCCGUCCGCAUGUCGCGCCGCUGACACGGAAUCUAGAUGCACCCAGUUCAUCUCGCGACUCAUCAUACGCAUAUCAAGAUUUCAUUUGUUCCUCUCGCCAACUCCUUAUUGUCAACAUGCAGAUUCUAAUAAUGUAGCAUCUCUUCUAAGCAUAGGCGUACCGAGGCUUGUUCCCAUAAGGGUAGAACAUGAAGACCUGAGGUUUGAAAAACACUUACAGCACGUUUUGAGGCAAUGUUACGGUUCGCUCCGGCUUCUAUUUGCAAACAAUUACAUCACUGAUGGUUCAACUAGAUUCUUAUAUCAGUUACGAUUAGUCACAAAAUUGGAUACGCCUUGCCAUAUGUCUGAACAGCUGAAGAGGCAGAUUAACGAGGCUGCGAAAGAAGCUUUAGGCAUGAAAUCAGUUUCAGUAAGAUCAACAGGUCGUACCCCUUGGUGGACUAAAGAUCUUGAACAUAUUGUGGAAGAAAAGAAGGAGGCUUAUAGAAGAACACAUAAUACGUGGACAGAAUACUAUAAAGCGCUUUUGACUGAAGAUAGAUACGAAUUCCUAGAAACCAGAGUUGAGAUACUCAAUGAAGAUGAAACAGAGCUGCCACACCUUCAUCUAAUCUCCACUGAAGACGUUUGCAUAGAAUUGUCACAAAUGAAGAACGUCAAGGCGUCAGGGUUAGGAAAUAUCAGUGCCGAACUACUAAAAGCAGCUCCUAGUAGGACAGUAGACAUUCUACUCCGGAGUGACAAACCGGAUUGUUGUUGGGAUAGGUCCAAAGUUGUACUCUGCUGCGACUUAGCGUACCUGCUAUCUGGUGCUCAUAUAUUUCUCAUCACCAUUGAAACGAUUCUAGAAUCUGGAAAUGUACAGGUACAGGGUUCAAAUACACAGACGCACAGACAGGCUGAAGAAAACCAUAGAUCCUGCUCAGGAUAUACAGAUAACGCGAGAAAUAAAUGCACAUUCACAUCUUAUACAAGCCCAGAACCUACCUCGGAGGUGCCAAAAAGCAAUACAAGAACCAAGUCAAGGAAUGGAAUUCAUACAGAAAAAUGCAUUCUAAAAUUAGAAUGCCAGCCCCUGAAAGACGUUCACCUGAGUAUAGAACCACGCGUGGUUGCUAGGGGCGGAGAAUCUCAAUUGAGAUGCGACUACGACCUGGAAGGGGCUGCACUGUACUCAGUCAAAUGGUACCGAGGACGAUCCAUCCUGAAUGUCAAGAGUAUCGAUCACUUCAUAGCUUUCGUCUUCCACCAACAGUUUCAAUUGUUCACCUACUACCGCUGGUUCAUUAGGCAAAUCUUCAAAUUCGGUCAGUAAUUCUAAUGGAACGCACGUAUUGCUGAAUAAGAUAGACUUCAAUGUGUCGGGUAACUUUACCUGUGAAGUGACGACGGACGCUCCAUAUUUUUCUACCGCUACGGAUACACAGACUAUGCUAGUUGUAG